GCCGAGCCGCGGAGCGGGCAGCUAGCGAGGCAGCCGCCUCCACUCCAGAGCGCCCCCGAGCCUCCGCGGCACUCGAGUCUCACCAGACGUCGAGGCAUCCACCGCGUCCAUCCACCGCGUCUUCUGCUCCUCUCGCGCCGCGCCGAGGAGCGAGCCCCGUGCAUCUCCCGCGCGGCCGCCGCUGGGGCUAGGAGCAGGGACCCCGAGGGCGACCGAUCCCCCGCGCCCGAGCGCAGCCCCUUCCCAUCGUCCGAACAGCCAUGACCCACUUCAACAAGGGCCCUUCCUACGGGCUCUCCGCCGAGGUCAAGAACAAGAUUGCGUCCAAGUAUGAUCAGCAGGCAGAGGAGGAUCUGCGCAACUGGAUAGAGGAGGUGACCGGGAUGGGCAUCGGCACCAACUUCCAGCUGGGCCUGAAGGACGGCAUCAUCCUCUGCGAACUCAUAAACAAGCUACAGCCAGGCUCUGUGAAGAAAGUCAACGAGUCCUCACUAAACUGGCCUCAGCUGGAGAAUAUUGGCAACUUUAUUAAAGCCAUUCAGGCUUAUGGUAUGAAGCCCCAUGACAUAUUUGAAGCAAAUGAUCUAUUUGAGAAUGGCAACAUGACCCAGGUUCAGACGACACUAGUGGCUCUGGCAGGUCUGGCGAAAACAAAAGGAUUCCACACAACCAUUGACAUUGGCGUUAAGUAUGCGGAAAAACAAACCAGACGUUUUGAUGAGGGCAAAUUAAAGGCUGGUCAAAGUGUCAUUGGCUUACAGAUGGGAACCAACAAAUGUGCCAGCCAGGCGGGCAUGACAGCCUAUGGCACGAGGAGGCAUCUUUAUGACCCCAAGAUGCAGACCGACAAACCCUUUGACCAGACGACAAUUAGUCUGCAGAUGGGCACCAACAAAGGAGCCAGCCAGGCUGGGAUGUCCGCGCCGGGUACCAGAAGAGACAUCUAUGACCAGAAGCUCACGUUACAGCCUGUGGACAACUCGACCAUUUCUCUACAGAUGGGCACCAACAAGGUUGCUUCCCAGAAAGGAAUGAGCGUGUACGGGCUCGGGCGGCAAGUGUACGAUCCCAAGUACUGUGCCGCCCCCACAGAGCCCGUCAUUCACAACGGAAGCCAGGGCACGGGGACAAAUGGGUCGGAGAUCAGCGAUGGCGAUUACCAGGCAGAGUACCCCGAUGACUAUCACGGCGAGUACCCCGAUGAGUAUCCCCGAGAGUACCAGUACGGCGAUGACCAGGGCAUUGAUUACUAGCCACACAUGGGAGUGCAGUAUUUAGUCUGUUGUUUCUAUCCAGUGAGACCCAACCUAGCCUUGAACAAUUCUUAUCUUGUCUUCCUGAAACACUGUUAUGCUUAUUGUACCUUUAAAAAUAAAUGCCUUACAUACAUUCCUUUUUCCUCUUUCUGCCUCCUCCCUAAAUAGUUGCCUUUUAGUGCUGUAACAAUUAAAUCCUACAGCAUAACCAAUAACCUGCCUAUGAAGUGGAAAGGAAUGCUGUGAAAGGACAGCCAGGUCUUUUGUUGAAGAUCUAUGCUUUUUUUUUUUUUUUUUAAUAAUCGUACACUUAAACUGGUAUUUUCAAACUUUUUUACAGUUUAGUGUGUAUCUGGCUUGUACAUGGAAGACUAAAAAUGUUGAUUUGCUAAAUGUGGUCUUUGCCAACUGAAUCUAAGAUGCAGCGUUUAGAACCUGACGCAUUGAUGUUUUCCUGCAGUAUUGUCUGCUACGUUUUAAAUAAAGUCACAAUCAGUGUG